GAAUUUGGCAAUAUUUUGUUAGCUAUAAGCUAUCUGCCCACAGCAGAGAGAUUGACUAUUAACAUCAUGAAAUUGCGUGACAUCAAAUUUAUACCAAUUGUGUCAAGUUUAAACGAAUUUAAUCCUUAUAUUAGAGUAUUAAUGAUAAACGGAAAAACAGGCAAAAAGAUGAAGAAGAAAAAAACCAAAUUUUUGCGUGCCAUUGCACAACCAGAAUUUAACGAGAUUUUAACAUUUGACUUAGCAGUCACUCAACUCGAUACUAUUCAAUUUUUGAUAGUGCUUUGUAGCAAGGUUUUACCGGAAGGAUUAUCUGCCAACAAUACCGAAGCGAGUGACAGCGAAGAUUCUAUCAGUUCCAUUAGAAAAUCUACUGAUAUUUUCAUCGGUAAAGUGGCUCUUGGGAAAGGUGUGAGAGGUUCUACGGAAAGACUGCAUUGGUUUUCAGUGCUUCAAAAUCCAAGAAAACUUGUAACCGUUUGGCAUAUUCUAAAAUAAUAAAAGCUAUAGUUAUGUUAUUAUGCAGAGUGACCCAACACAGCUAUUGUUAUGUUAUUAUCCCAAUAAAACAAUUAUAUCAAA